AUGGAUCACGUUCUUAUAGCCUUGGGUGGAACUAGGGAGGAGAGAGCGACCAUAAUUCGAAGCCUUUUCAAUUCCUUUGAUGCUGCAAAUCUUGGAUACUUGGACCAUCCCCAAAUUGAGGCUGAGUUAUCGGCUCUUCAGAUUCUGCCAUUAUACAAGUAUGCCAAGGAUCUUAUGAAGGCCAUUGAUGGUGCAACUGUGCAUCGACGAGAGGGGGUGGGGAACAUCGGGGAGGCGCUGGGCACGAAAGGGGCUAGGUUAUGGAUACGUCAUCAGUUAACGUCUGAACAAACGGUCUACUUAACGGAAUGCUUAAAUUGA